AUGGAUAUAAAGUCUGAGGGCAUGCGGACCACAACUUCUUACAUCAACGCGUCGGACCACCUCUUCGGAUCCUCGCCACAGCCAACCGCACAGCGGUACGAGAAUGCCUACCGCUUGACUGGGGUGGAAGGAUCGUCCUGGCCCGCGGUCUCGCAGAUCGUUCACCAGCGCGGCGGCAUUCUCGAUAUCGGUGAGCAGAUGAAGACUCCGGAGCUGGCCAUUUCAUUCGCCCGUGAUGUCGAAGCGCUGACAUAUUGCGCAUCGCGGGUGCCUGCCAAGAGCGCGGAGAUGGGCGCGGACACUGAGCGCCAUGGCUAG